AUGGAUAAGCAACGGAAAUUGAUGGUUGUGGAAGAUUUUGUAGAAUAUCAUCUAUUCCUGGUAUAUAAUGAAGAAACUGACACUGAGAAGCACAAACAUAUUCUGCAGCAAUAUAUAGAGCAAAUUCUAGCCCAGUUUGCUCCUCUACUGACUAAUUACAUCUGGCAAAACCAACCAUUUAACCUCAGGUUAAAAUCAAAGAAAGGUAACAUUCCUGCUCAUAUUGGUGGAAAAAACACAUUUUGGUGAUAACAUCGAAGAUGAGUGGUUCAUUGUUUAUCUAAUCAAACAAAUUACCAAAAAGUUUCCAGAACUAGUGGCUAGGGUUGAAGACAAUGAUGGAGAAUUUCUGUUGAUUGAAGCAGCUGAUUUCUUGCCCAAGUGGCUGGAGCCAGAAAAUAGCUGCAAUCGAGUGUUCUUUUACCAUGGAAAUUUGUGUAUCAUCCCUCUGCAGCAGGAUGAGGCAGACCUGCCUGACCCAUCAUCCAAUAUGACUGUACUGCAAGCUUUGAAACUACUUUCAGCACACCCAGAUGGUUUCCUGGCACCAGAGUCCAUCACAAAAGCAAUUGAAAGGCGAAUUAAAGGGUAUCCUGAAAAAAUUAAGGAAUCACUCCAUCAGGCUCAUUGCUUUGUGCCAGCUGGGAUCGCAGCGGUAAUAAAGGAGCGCCCACAGCUGUUGUCAGCAGCAGUUCAAGCAUUUUAUCUCCGGGAUCCUUUAGACCUGAAAGCCUGCCGGACCUUUUCUCACUUCUUGCCUGAGACUCGCGUGUUUACAUCGGUGACGUUUACAAAAUGUUUGUAUGCUCAGCUUCUCCAGCAGAUGUUCCAGCCUGACAAACGCAGUGGAUAUACUCUUCCUGCCCGUUCACAUCCUAAAUAUAAAGCAUAUGAACUUGGAAUGAAGCUGGCACAUGGCUUUGAGAUUCUGUGUUCGAAAUGUACUACAUCACAAAUGAAGUUCACAAAACAGCCGUAUAAGAGCUCUCUGUGGAUGGGAUUCCUUACUUCCUUGAAAAAGAAUGAUUUCUUCAAGGGUGAAAUGGAAGGGUCUGCACGAUAUUGUGAACUUCUGAAGAAAGCAGAGGUUUAUUUCCAGCAAUCACUAUUUAAGCCUAGCAGGUAA